AAGGAUGAACCUUUUCAGAAUUACUCUCAUCUGUUUUCGCUUCUUUUCUCUUCCCUGUUUCUUCCCAUCAUUCCAGUGUUUGGUUGGAUAGAAAGUUCACGUUGGAAGCUUUAGAUUCAUACCUUGUUGCUAACUCUCGGAUUGUUUUUUGUUAAGGUUUCAUGAUGCCCUACCCUUUUCCCCAUUUUUAUUCUUUAAUGUCCUGUCCUUUUUAUUGAUGUGUUCUUUGGGGAGCUUUCAGUAUUCUAAAGGACUAGACUACCUCAUCUUUCUCUGUCCUAGACAGUCUUUUGCAUAUCCUUUUUCUUAAAAAUGGGUAAAAUUAUUUAUUUUUCUCUUCUUAGUGGGUAUCCAAGUGUUUCUACUUGAUUUUUGCUUUUAAAAAGUUGGAAUUCCUUUGUCCCUUCUAUCUUAUAUUGGACACUUGAAAAUAAGGUUACUUUACAAAAGGCUAGAAUUGCAUGGUGACUUUGUGACAUCUGAGAGAUUCUUUCAUUGAGAAAUAAACAGUGUUUCUGCAACUUGGAUACCUUUUAUUAGAGUCUCAUUAUUGUUGCAAGUUGCAUUUCCCCCAAUUGUAAAAGCUGAUCCAAACGUUCUGAUGCAUUCAUUUACUUUAAAAGUAGCUUGAGAAAUUGAUAAUUUUUUGCCCCUCAAAUAUUUUGUUAAUUUCCUCAGGUGCAUGAAGCAGGUAAGUUAGUAGAAGCAGUAGCUUUUACCUGGAAAGUACAUUGUCCUGCCAGUGGGACAAGGAAAAUUAGUGGGGUUUGAUCUUCUUCGUAUCCAUCCAUUGUGAUCUUAGGCUUUGUUUGUUCUCUUUUCCGUGAAUGAGAAAUCGGAGAAAAAUUGUUCCUUUUGGCAAUAUUUGGUAGCAAUAACUGUUCUGCCUCAUUGUGCUUGGCCAUGACCAUUAUCCAUCAUGUUUACGGGGGCCUACUUACCGACUCAAACUUGAAUGUGGGAUGCUCUAUUUUGGGGCAGCCAGUUGGUGUCAAAAGGAUGCAGAUUUUUUGCCUCUUUAUCUUUCUCAAGCUUGUCCUUUUGAGAUGCUUGUCCUUUUAAGAUGCUUGUCAUUCAUAAUCAUACGUGAUUCUUUUGAUCUUUUCCCCUCUGAUGGGAAAAUUGAUCUUGUUUUCUAAUUAAGCAAGUUUAGUUAACAUUUGAAGUAAUUUUUACUUUUUAUCCCAAAAGUUGGAGCAAAUAUGAUUUUAAUGGCCUGUGUGUGAAAAAUAAUAUUGAUAUUAUCACAUUUUAUAACCUGUUAUGCAGGAGCACAAGGGAAAGUACACCAUGUAGCUUGAUAAGGAACUCGGACACCAUUGCAACCCCUGGUUCCACCACAAGGAGGUCAAGCUCCAGCACUGCUUACCGAGGAGGGGGGAAUGAUGUGCGAAGAUUUAUCCCAACAGCAAAUGAAAUGGAGGAGUUUUUUGCCUAUGCAGAGCAACAACAACAGAGACAAUUCAUUGAGAAGUAUAACUUUGACAUUGUGAACGAUUUACCUCUCCCAGGAUGCUAUGAGUGGGUACAAGUGAUUCCAUAACCAGAAGCUGAUUAGUUUUCCAAGAUCUUGUAAAGAUGUAUUGAGCCAUCCAAGAUGUGUAAUUUCAAGAUCUGUAGCAUGACAGAGCUGACGAAUUACACUAACAAACCAUACACCCAAAAUCCUUUGUUCAAAUGCAAAGGAAAUAAUGUUAGAAAUUUAGAUGUUUAUUCAUAAGGUAACUGACUAGGAGUAGCCAUCGUUUCCUAAUAUGAUCUUUAUUAACUCAUUAUUCUAAGGAUAAUAUCAACUACUUGACGUCCGUCUGCUGCAUCCAUUAUGGUUAAUCUGCACCCUAUUCAAUCUUUUUAAAUGAUUUUCUUUCCAUACUUGCUGGCGUGGCAUUAUAUAAACUUGUAUUAUUACUUUUGCUGCUGAUGGGAUAAUCUGAUCCUUACUAGGGUUAUCUAGACUAUCUCGGCAUCAGAUGGUAUUUUGGGGUGGUGGUCCUGGUGGGCUCUGCAUUCAAUUCAAAGAAAACAGUUAGUAGAUUGUUCUGUAGAGUAGAAGUGAAUCUUACUUCAGGGCAUGGGGUUCCCAGAGGCUGACACUAGUAGUAUUGUUAGUGGUUCUGUGUUCAACUCUUUUUCCCUCUGAAAUUUGUGGUGAUAAAUUGUUAAAGGGCCAAUAAGGCUGCAACAGUUUGUGAAGUAGGGCAUGAUUAAAUGAAUGCAAUGGACCCUCUUCACAUGGGAUAUUGUACUAUUCCUACAGGAACAGAGCCUCUUCUGUAAUUACAAGCUGCAAUUAGUUAACCUCAGAUCUGAUGAUGUCUUCUAGUUUUUGCCCAAGAAUAAAGCUUUUGUCAAUCG